AUGCCCUCCGAUAAGAAAGACACUUCCGCGACAGCAACGACCCCAUCCGAACAGAAAAAUUUGGAAGAGCAAGACAUUCUUGAAGAUGAUGAUUUUGAAGAAUUUGAAGAUGAAAAUUGGGAUAUUAAUCAAACAGAAGAACAAGAACAACUUGAAUGGGAGGAAGAUUGGGAUGAUGAAGAUGUUGAUGAUUUCUCAAAACAAUUGCGUGAGGAGUUGAAGCGACACGAAAUGCUAGAUGAGCAAUAA